ACGCCUUCACUCAUAUACGUCAGCGUCUCUGAGGGCUGUGACCGCUCGUAGUAUCAACAGAGGCAGUGUAGCAGUAUGGCCGAGCAAGCGGUGACAGCGAACGAAGGGGUUGUUCAGAGGAUGCUGUCUGUCGUUGGUGUCCCCAGUCUGGUCAGCAGUGUGUGGGGAUAUGUGGACACCACAAUAAGGUGGUGCUGGAUCCCCAGCUGGCUGCCGUCAUGGUGUCCCACCUCUCAGGUCCAGCUACAGGCUGCAGAGGACAGGAUGCUGCGAUGUGUAGACAGCACUUUCUCCAAGAAGUAUGUCCCCAUCUCCAAUGGCAACCGGCUGUGGACCCUGACCUUUAGCAGUGACCAUCUCAAAGACAAAACCCCCAUGGUUCUGCUCCCGGGGUUCGGAGGCGGCGUCGGCCUUUGGGCCCAGAACCUGGACGCUCUGUCCCAGCGUCGGCCCGUCUUCGCCCUGGACCUGCUGGGCUUCGGACAGAGCAGCAGGCCUCUGUUCUCCACAGACGCUCAGGAGGCAGAGGAGCAGUUUGUGGAGUCUAUAGAGCAGUGGAGGGCUCAAGUGGGUCUGGAGUCCAUGGUAGUGCUGGGACACAACCUGGGAGGAUACCUGGCUGUGUCAUACUCUAUUAAAUACCCAGGCAGAGUAAAGCACAUAGUGCUGGUGGAGCCCUGGGGUUUCCCUGAGCGCCCAAACACAGUAGAGGCCGACCGUCCAAUCCCGGUAUGGAUCAAGGCCCUGGGGGCCAUGUUCAGUCCCUUCAACCCCCUGGCUGGCCUGAGACUAGUCGGACCACUGGGCCCCACUCUGGUCCAGACUCUGAGACCCGACUUCAAGAGGAAGUUCUUGUCCAUGUUCAGUGACAACACUGUGUCAGAGUACAUCUACCACCUGAAUGUGCAAACCCCCAGUGGGGAAACGGCUUUUAAGAACAUGACUGUUCCCAACGGCUGGGCUGAGAGACCCAUGCUGCAGAGGAUGGACCAGCUUCAGCCCGACAUCCCCAUCACCAUCAUCUACGGAUCCCGCUCCAGCAUAGACAGCAACUCAGGCAGCACCAUCAAACAGAUGAGGCCACACUCUCAUGUGGAGAUCAUAACGAUUCGUGGAGCCGGACACUAUGUAUACGCUGACCAGCCAGAGGACUUCAACCACAGAGUUUUGCAAGCGUGUGACAAAGUGGACUGAAGCAGAGACGAGUCUGGUUAGUGAACUCUGGAGAAAAAAGGGGAGCACCAAUAACCGACAUCACUGUAUCAGCCGGUGUGGUAACACAGGAUCUCACUUCCUCAAAGCAGGAACAAGGAGUUUGUACAUAAAAAAUAUCAUACAUUUGACUUGUACGUCAUGACACGCUGCAGUUCACAUGUUAUGUCACCACUAAUUCUGUGAUAUUGUUGGAAUACACCCCCUGACAACAACACUGAUCAAGUUCCCUUUUGAAUGCUUUUUACCAGCAUUCCAGCAAUUAUGAAAUAAUGCCCGUGGGCCUGCAUCACAUGUUCCUCUUACGUCACGCCGCAGCACACUCAUACAGUAGGUGGUGCUGCAGCCUCUUGCACAUGUGAUUGAAGCAUUAGUUAUACUAUAUUUUCUCAGAAUUGCUUCUAUCAAAUGAAGAAAGGAGGCAUUUUGCUUCAGUGUUCAGUCAAUGUACAAUAUUGUCCAUAUGUGGCCUUUGAUAGCUCCUGCAGUCAUCUGCAGUGCAAAGAUAACGAAACAAAUUAAAAAAACAGUAUUUUUAUAUGAUGUGAAUAGAUACCUGAAUCCUUGUGUAUUUUUGUUAAGAAAUUUUAGGAGAGUAAUUUCUAAUGUGAUAUAAUGAUAUUAUGUUUAUCCACGCCUUAAAUGAAUCACUCUGAAACUGAAUCAGUGAUGCUGCAGUCAGAAAGCUCAGUUACAGUGUCAUGUGUUAGGUGUUUCCUGUACAGUGCUUGACCUGUGGUUUGUGGUUUUUCCAUAUGAUUCUGAUACAGACAGGAAGCGUACUCUUCAGUACAUCACUGCAUCAGCAGCAGGAAGCAGCCACAGAUUUAUCUGCAGCAAGCAAUAAUCUUUUACAGCGUCUGUCCUCUGUGCUCAUUUUUUGGCUUUUCAAAAUUUCAUUUCAGUUGCAUUAAUGUGAGUGUGAAUGCAUAUCAGCUCUAGAAUGAGGCCAAAAUAGUAAAUUGAAACCUACAAGACUGUUUUACACUCUGAAGCUGGUGCACAGCCCUCAGACCUUUUUGACUGCUGUCUACAAAAAAACCAUUUGAAUGCAUCAUUUAAUUUUUAGAAGCUGUUAUAAAUAUAGCCUUUGUUUUCUUGUGCCUCACACACAGUAUAAAGUAUGCUUGUGCGAUAGUGAGUCGGCACUUAGAGAUGCCUCAGAGUUUCUGGUGAGCCCUGCUGAUCCAUACAGUAUUAUUCCAACAAUGGCCACAUACGUCGUAUUUGCCUUUUAUUUAUUAAUAUAAUAUUAUCUUGUUGUUUUUUCCCAAACCGCAGUAGUGCUGUUUAUACUAAAUAAUUUCACAAAUUCCCCCCGAGAUCAAUAUAGUGUGUCUGAUGCUAUUAUAUUCUGACAUUUUAGAGGCACUUUAUAGCAGUUGAAAUUGUUUCAUAAUGCUAAACUCAGCUGGAACCCCAAAUGGCUUUGGAUUGGAUGGAUGGUUACCAAACCACUUUUUUUCAUCUGUCUUUAUAAAAGGCAGCAGGGUAAUGUGAUGGUGUAUGUACACAUACUUUAGAUGUCAUACUUCACUGUAGCAAUAAGGUUUAAAUCAAAUUCAGAUACAGUAUAUGAUGCUCAGAUAUCCACCAACACCCUCGUCUUUUUUUUUUUGGGGGGGCCUUUUCAUGCCUUUAUUAGGUAGGACAGCCGAAGGUAGACAGGAAAGGUGGGUAGAGAGAAAGGGGAUGACACGCAGCGAAGGGCUGCAGGUUGGAUUCAAACCCUGGGCUGCUGCAGCAACGCCGUAUCUGGGUCGCCAGCUCUACCGACUGAGCUAACCGGGUGCCCACCAGCAGCCUCUUCUAAUGUUGUUUUUCCAACUUUGCAGCUAGACUCUCUGUUUAUUGUUUAUUGAAAACGGAAGUACAUGCAAGCAUAUAACAGGAGCAUUAUUCAAGUGAAUAAUCUGUGAAAGGUACCCCACCCAUCCCUUCCCCCAACAAUCCCAAGCACUUGUCCUCUUAAGUCUGUCUGUUGAAGUGUUUGUCUGAACAAGGAUGAAUGAAUUUGUUGUUUACUUCUGGAACCAGACCCAGAACUUGGCUGUGGAGCAACUUUUCUGAAAUCUUUAAAAAUAUAACCUGUUUAUGUUACCUAGGUUAUCUCAGCUUGGGUUUGUAUACUACAGAUUUACAACAGAACGCAAACUGGCAGCAUGGAGUUUACUAAAGAAGCUAUCAAGCUGCAUUGUAGGAAGUGUAGGAUCCAGCAGUUUUGGAGCUUGACCUAUACUAAGGACUGAACAUCAAGAUGUAUUGACCUCUGCUGCAGUGAUUUUGACCUUUCACUCUUUUUUUAAAUCUGUCUCUCGCAAGUCCCCCUUAGUAGAAGUGCAAUACUAGAUCACUUCAGUGUGCCUUUAAGUCAAUGACUGCAGUGUUUAAAUGUCAAUUAAAAUCCACUACAUCUAAGAAACCAGUGGACAGUCUGCUAAGCCUCUACAUAGGAUCGGUGCCUCUCUACCUCUUCUGGUGCUCAUUUAGAAAGAAUAUAUUUAGACCAAUCAGAUUCUUUUUAUUCUUAAUUGAAAUGCUCCAAUGUAAUCUGUCUAUAAUAUGAAAGGCAGAACCUCAGAGUUUAAGUAGGCCACAGGAUGUCUCACAGAUGGAGAACUGUGUCGUUUAUAUUGGAGCUGACUUGUCACAAGGAAAUGUGUCUUUGUAGUUUUACUGACUUUCUUGAAUUGUUGCUUAAUACUCAUUGUAAUGUAAAAGUUAUUAUGCUCCCCAAACUGCCCCCGGACACCUGCUAUUUCUACCAUAUUCCUAAACACAAAUAAAAUGCAAGCUGUGGUAUGAUCA